AUGUACGCAUGGAUCGUCCUCCGCCUCUUCCAGGCCAUCGACGCCCACAGCGGCUACGACUUCCCCUGGAGUCUGCGCCACUUCCUCCCCUUCUGGGCCGGCGCCGACCACCAUGACCUCCACCACGAGAAGUUCAUCGGCAACUACGCCUCCAGCUUCCGCUGGUGGGACUACUGCCUCGACACCGAGGCCGGCCUCGAGGCCCACAGGAAGCGCCGCGAGAAGAAGCUCAAGGCCAUCAAGGCUCAGAAGUCCCAGUAA